AUGCCUCAACAACCUAUUCUUGAGUUGAAGGUGUUCGAUGUAUGGAGGAUUGACUUCAUGGGGCCAUUCCCAUCUUCAUAUGGGAAUCAAUUCAUACUUGUGGGUGUGGACUAUGUUUCUAAGUGGGUUAAGUCCAUUGCUUCCCCAACAAAUGACCACAAAGUAGUAUUGAAGUUGUUACAAAAAAUCAUCUUCCCAAGGUUUGGUGUGCCUAAGGCUGUGAUAAGCGAUAACGGUUCUCAUUUUGUUCACAAUGCCUUCCAAAAGAUGUUAAGGAAACAUGAGUUGCAAGGUAUAGAAAUGAUUGGUCGGAUAGGUUGGAUGAUGCUCUUUGGGCCUAGAGAACGGCUUUCAAGACACCUAUUGGCACCACUCCAUAUCGCCUUGUCUAUGGCAAAUCAUGCAUACCGUGCUUUGUGGGAAAUCAAGAAGAUAAACUUUGAUUUAGAAAGUGCAGGGGAGAAAAGGUGGUUGGAUCUUCAUGAGCUAGAGGAUCUUAGACUUGAUUCUUAUGAUUGUGCUAGCACCUAUAAAGCUCGUUCCAAGGAAGAUAACGUCAAGCUUAUUGAGAGGAAAGAGCUUUUUGUUGGUGAUAAAGUCCUCCUCUACAAUUCAAGAAUGAAGUUAUCUCUCGGAAAGUUCAUGUCAAGAUGGAGUGGCCCUUUCUUGGUGAAAGAUGUUUUUGCUAAUGGUGCCAUGGGGAUUUCUCCCUUGGAUCCCUCAUCUUCUUUUAUGGUUAAUGGUCGUCGGCUCAAGUCAUAA